UGCUCUCCCUCGUAGUGUAUUUUUAAGCCCUGCCUCGGUUGCUUCCCUUCCCUGUGCCGCCAUUAAAGUCCGUCCGCUUGGUGUUUGUGGAAAACGGGAAAAUGAUUUAAAAACUCAGAAGAGACGGGCCGAGGGACGGGACCUGGGGAGGGGGGGAGGGAGGGUUCUUGCUACGCGGUAUGUGUGGACUGUCAACUGCCAAGUAAACGGCGCCCCCAAAAGAAGUAAAUAUGCGGCUAGUUUCGUCCAAGUGAGAGGAGCCUGAGUUCGGAUUGGAGUUGGUUUCUCCGACCGGGGGUGGGGUGGGGGGAGAAACUCCAUUGGUUUUGGCUGCACCGGGCGUGGGGAGGGGGGACCGAGGAGUGUAAACACAGCAAAGCAAAAGGUGAGGGUUACAGCGUUGAGACACCUUCUCGUAGAGUUGAUAAGGGCCUCUCAGACGGUUACGAGCAAAACAUAAUCCCGUAACGUUAGCGAGCCGCAGCCAGCUAGCUUGGCCAUAAAUCCUGGAUGGCAACCGAGCGGUUGUUAUGGAAGUGUGCUGCUUGCUGUGUGAUCUCCUUGAGAGUGGAUCUGCCAAGCUGAGUCCCUCUGAACGGCAGGAAGCCUCCCUUAGCGGCGGUGCGACGAUGACCGAGCUGGUUGCCAAGUGGGCCUGUGAAUACUGCACAUACGAGAACUGGCCGUCAGCCAUCAAGUGCACCAUGUGCCGCGCUCAGAGGCCCAGCGGGGGUGCCAUCAUUACUGAGGAGCCCUUCAAGUGCAGCCCUGCCCUGGAUGCCAGUGUGCAUCAGUGGGACCCUGCAGACCUCAGCAACAGUCCAUCUCAGGGGGGAUCUAGCUUACUUAUUUGUCCAGACUCCAGCGCCCGACCCCGCAUUCGCAUUGCUGAUGUACCUGAGCCUAGUAGUAAGUGGUCGUGCCACAUGUGCACCUAUCUGAACUGGCCUCGAGCUAUCCGGUGUACUCAGUGCCUGUGCCAGAGGCAGCAGGCUCAACAACAACAACAACAACACCAACAACAGCAUGGGCAGCAUGCAGCCCAUCAAGGACAUCAUACCCAGCAGCCACGCAGCCCCACAGAAACACCCCAGACCUCAGGCUCUGGAUGUCGCCCCUCUCCCCCAACCACCACUACAGACACUUGUGAGGAAUAUAAUGACCGUAACAGGCUCAACACUCAUACACAGCACUGGACCUGCACUGCCUGCACUUAUGAAAAUUGGGCCAAGGCUCUCAAGUGUGUUGUGUGCGAUCACCCCAGACCCAAUAGUCUGCUGGCUGAGCCCAUCCAACUGGCAUCGGAACCUGAGAGUCAACAAUCAUCCUCAAAACUUGACCAGGACAGGGACAACAGGAGGGCUGUUGUUGGCCACAUGGUUAGUCAAGGAGUAGGAGGUGUGGUGGGCGGUGUAGGGAGUUGUAGCAGCAGCCAGAGGAGGUCACCGCCAACGUUAAAGCGGGAGUCAGAGGUGAACAUGGACUUUCAGAGGAUUGAACUGGCAUCAGGCGCUGGGAUUGGGAGCAAAGAAGAUCUUGAGGUGGAUUUCAAAAAACUCAAGCAGAUUAAGAACAGGAUGAGACGGAGUGAUUGGCUGUUCCUCAAUGCUUGCGUUGGUGUUGUAGAAGGUGACCUGGCAGCUGUGGAAGCCUACAAGACAUCGGGAGGUGACAUCGCAAGACAGCUGACGUCCGACGAGGUGCGCCUAUUAAACCGGCCCUCAGCAUUCGAUGAUGGCUUCACGCUGGUUCACCUAGCCAUCCGCUUCCAGAGACAGGACAUGCUGGCAGUGUUGCUCACAGAGGUAUCCCAACAGGCAGCCAAGUGUAUUCCAGCCAUGGUGUGUCCUGAGCUAACAGAGCAGAUCCGUCGUGAGGUAGCGGCCUCUCUUCACCAGCGCAAGGGAGACUUCACCUGCUAUUUCCUCACCGAUCUAGUGACAUUCACCCUGCCUGCAGACAUUGAGGACUUGCCUCCAGCAGUUCAGGAAAAACUGUUUGAUGAGGUGCUGGACCGAGACGUACAAAAAGAACUUGAAGAGGAGUCUCCCAUCAUCAACUGGUCCUUGGAGCUGGGGACUAGGUUAGACAGUCGACUUUAUGCCCUGUGGAACCGCACAGCUGGGGACUGCCUCCUUGACUCUGUGCUGCAGGCUACGUGGGGCAUCUAUGACAAGGACUCAGUACUCCGCAAAACCCUCCAUGACAGUCUGCACGACUGUUCUCACUGGUUUUACACCCGCUGGAAGGAGUGGGAGUCGUGGUAUUCCCAAAGCUUUGGUCUGCACUUUUCCCUCCGAGAGGAACAGUGGCAGGAAGACUGGGCUUUCAUACUGUCCCUUGCCAGCCAGCCAGGAUCCAGCUUGGAACAGACCCACAUUUUCGUUCUUGCACACAUACUUCGUAGGCCUAUCAUCGUCUACGGAGUAAAGUACUACAAAAGUUUCCGUGGUGAAACACUCGGGUACACCCGUUUUCAAGGUGUGUACCUGCCUCUUUUGUGGGAGCAGAGCUUUUGCUGGAAGAGCCCCAUCGCUCUGGGAUACACGCGGGGCCACUUCUCAGCGCUGGUGGCCAUGGAGAACGAUGGCUUUGACAAUCGCGGCGCAGGCGCCAACCUCAACACGGACGAUGACGUGACAGUGACGUUCCUGCCUCUGGUCGACAGCGAGAGGAAGCUGCUUCACAUUCACUUCCUCUCAGCGCAGGAAUUCCUGUUUGCCCCCACCUUCCUUACAGCCUGUGUUGUGGAGGUCACCCUCAUGGUACACGUGACAUCGCUGCCUCUGUAA